AGGGCAGACACAGUUGUCCCUCAGGAAUUUAUGACAGUAAUGGAAAAUAUUGAGGCUCAGUACUGCAGUGUAGAACAACUCAACAACGUAUCUUAAUUAGAAUAUAGGCGUAGUUCCUAUCAAGGUUUUAGGUUAACUUUUAAGACAGACAUCAAAGGUAACCGUAAAAUCAAUGAGUUCAGCCGACAACAGACGAAUCGUUAGACCAGGGCUCAGCAAUGGAGGGGGAACGGUGAAAGGAUUAGUCCAGAAAGUCCAUUCUGCUCCCUCGUCCCUAAAUGAUUCGCUGGAGGGAGAAAUCCAGGCCUUCCUCAUUGAUGAAGACCAGCUCCACACUUACGACGACCUCACCAAAGUCAACCCCGUGACCCCAUCAACAGUGCUGAAAUGCCUGCAGGCCAGGUACAGCGUGAAGGUGUUUUACACCCAUGCUGGCUGCACCUUGGUGGCUCUAAACCCCUUUCAGCCAAUCCCAGAUCUCUACUCUCUGGAUGUGAUGAAGGAGUAUCACGGCGCUCCUCAGCCUCAGGAGUUCAAACCACAUAUCUUUAUUGUGGCAGAAGAAGCCUACAGGAAUGUUCAGGGCCAGCUGGAGCCGGUGAACCAAUCCCUGGUGGUCAGCGGUGAGAGCGGUGCAGGAAAGACGUGGACGUCUCGUUGCCUGAUGAAAUACUACGCCACCGUGGCGGCUUCCUCCUCAGUGGUGAAGAGUCAGGACACAGUGGAGAGGAUAGAGAAGAGGGUGCUGGAUUCCAACCCCAUCAUGGAAGCUUUCGGCAACGCCUGUACGCUACGGAACAACAACAGCAGUCGCUUCGGAAAGUACAUCCAGCUCCAGCUAGACAGGUGUCAGCUGUUAGUGGGGGCGUCUGUGCAAACCUAUUUGCUGGAGAAGACCAGGGUGGCCUGCCAACUGGCUAAUGAGAGGAACUUCCACAUCUUCUACCAGAUGAUGAAAGGGUCCACUGAGGAGCAGAGGAAGGAGUGGAAGAUGCCACAUGGGCAACGUUUUGUGUGGCUGCCAAAUUCUGAAAAAACUGUUGAGGAGGAUUGUUUUCAUGAGACUGUGGAGGCAAUGGUUCAUCUGGGCAUUAAUGCAGAAAGGCAGAGACAAAUAUUCAGGAUACUAGCGGGGAUUCUGCAGUUGGGGAAUGUGAAUUUCUCCUCUUCAGCGGAUGAAUCACAACCUUGUCUCCUCGACGAGCAGUCCAAAGACUUUUCGCAGAGGGCUGCUGAGCUGCUGUGUGUCUCGGCCGAGGAGCUCCAGAUGUGUUUGAGAGUGAGGACGCUGAAGGCAGGGAAGCAGAGCCUGCUGAAGCCCUGUUCUCGGGCCGAGUGCAGCGUGAGGAGAGACUGCCUGGCCAAGGUCAUCUACGCCCAAUUAUUUGAUUGGCUGGUUACAUUCAUCAACAACAGCAUAUGUGCAGACAAAUCCACGUGGUGCAACUUCAUAGGAGUUCUAGAUGUGUACGGGUUUGAAUGUUUCCAGAUCAAUAACCUGGAGCAGCUGUGCAUCAACUACGCCAACGAGAAGCUGCAGCAGCACUUUGUGGAUCAUUAUCUCAGAGCUCAGCAGGAGGAAUAUGUGUCGGAGGGGUUGGAGUGGUCUUUUGUCAAAUACCAAGACAACCAGAGGUGUCUGGAUCUUCUAGAGGGAAGUCCUGUCGGUGUGUUUUCUCUUCUUAAUGAGGAGAGUCGUCUUAACCGAGUCUCGGACGCAAACACGUUCCGGGUUCGUCUGGAGAAGGAGCUCUGUGUUAAUGCCAACAUCAGCUGGGACAAGUUCAGCAAGGUGCCACACUUCACUGUGGCCCAUUACGCCGGCAAAGUCAACUACCAGAUCCAGGGGAUGGUGGAGAAAAACAAGGACCCGGUGCCACCAGAGCUCACCGAACUGCUUCAGAAGUCUGACAACCCCCUGCUUCACCAGAUCUUCGCCGAUAAGGAAACCAAGAACUCGACUACCAAGGGGCUCAGUAAAGUCACCGUGGUCUCCAAGUUCAAGAACUCUCUGGAGAGCCUGAUGAAGAUCCUCCACACCACAACUCCUCACUACACUCGCUGCAUCAAACCCAACCCAGACUGUAAGCCACUGAUCUUCAAAAAGGAGGAGGUUAUCAUGCAGCUGGAGGCCUGUGGGAUCGUGGAGACUGUUCAUAUUAGUGCUGCUGGCUUUCCAAUCAGAAUUCCUUUCAAAAGCUUCAUGCAACGCUACGGACUGAUUGCAAAAUAUUCGAUUUUCCAGUCAGGGAGUGUUGAUGCGGAGGCUGACGGCAGCGACAUUCUCCUCCGGCAAGAGGUGGAGAAGCUCCUCGGCGUCGUGCUACAGAACAAAGCGUUUGACCCCUCACACAACCGUGACAGUGAAAAACCCAAUGUAUGGGUGCACUGCGGAAGGACUAAAGUGUUUCUCACCCAGUUGAUGCUAGAUUCGCUGGAGGAUCAGAGGAAGAAGAUCCUGUCUCGGUGUGCCUUCUCCAUUCAGUGCUGCUGGCUGAGGUACCAGCAACGCAGACGCCGUGCGCGCCAGCACUCUGCUACGCUGAUCCAAGCAGUGGUGCGGUCGUGGCUGGUCAGGAGGCGGGUCCAGAGACGCAGCAGAGCAGCUGCACUCAUCCAGAGCACCUGGAGGAAGUGGAGGGCCCUAUUGAAAUCCUUGGCCGAGGCAGAACUGGAUGACGCAAAGGACUUCGCGGAGGAGGACUUGCCAGUGUUGGACUCUGUUAUCAGGCAGCGGGGCUCAGUGCAGCUCUCCUCCAUCCAGGAGCCCGUCUCCGUGCGAGGGUGGCCCAUGGGCCUGGCCCUGGCCUCGGCGCCGUCCAUCACCAUGUCUCUGACAGCCACAGGCUUCCAGAAGAUGGUGUCUGUGAUGGCCUCCCUCAACCUGCCCUCCAGGAGAGGGGAGUAUGAGGUGAAGCCCAAUCAGUACUCGCAGGAGCUAGCCUCCAUACGGGCUCAACCCAAGGGAUCUGUGAAGCUGCACUAUCAGCGAUCUCCACUUCUCUAUGCUGACACGCAACCAGACAUGACGAGUGACGUGACGGGGUUCAACGCGAUCCUGCUCGAGAAAACGUUGUAAGCUUACUCCCUAACCUGACAGAGGGAACUAACCUGUUUUUUUUGUUAAAUGUGUUUUAAAAGUCGUCAUUUACAGUUUUCUUAAAGAAUGCCGAAUUUGAAUGCACAGAAUGGCAAAACCUGCACCCUGGCAUCAUCAUUCUUUUAACCCACCAAAGUUAGGAAAGAUAAUGUGUCACUGUGCUGUGAACCUGACUUCAUCAUAAAUCAUCUGUAGUCACCUUCAGGCUCCAGGGACGAAAAAUCAUAUCUGAUUCAAAAUCACAGACAGUAGACUGUCCAGAAACUCUGACCUCUGACCUGCCACAUCUGAGAUGAGACGUAGAAAUCAUUGAACGGGGUUUGGGUUAUGAUGAGGUCAUUGCAGGACAGAGCCUUUGUCCCUGUUUAGAAAACAGAAGUUCUUUCAAUCAUAGCACCUUUUAAAACAGAGGACUGCAGGUUUUUGUCUCAUUUGUCUUGGAGCACCUGACUAUAUAGAUCAAAGUAUUGGGCCUUUUGAUGAGUGCCUUUCUUAAAAAUCAACACUUGAAUCACAAAUGGGCUGUUGGUAGGCCUAUAUGUAUUUAUUUUAGGGUGGUUAACUUUGUGAUUUUAUAGAUUUAUUUUGGGCUCAAAAACGUCAUAGAAUCGUAAUAACAUCCUACAUUUAUUUUGAGUGUGAUUUGUGUGUGUGUGUGUGGGGGGGGGGGGAUUAAUUAAGCAAGUAUUGCACAUGUAAAGCACAUAUUGCACAUUAAAGCCACAGACCUGCUCACAUACAGCAACAAGCAGACAUGAACGAGAAGACAUCACUUGUGUGAAACAGGGAAAGGAUGAACCCAGGUUUAUUCAAAUUGCUGCUUUUUUGUUAGAUAUAGUUUUUUUUAUAUAAACACAUCUAAAAUAUUUGCCUAAGCCACAUUGUGUGGAUUUUAAUCUGCUGCAGUUCAAAGCAUUAAUGCAAGUACUGUAUUACAUGCCAAAGUCUUUUUACACUUGUUUCGUAUGUGAGAACUCACGCCAUUAUAGCCAUCAAGUUUUACUGUAUUCGUAAUUUUAAUAUGCAAAACAUCUUCUGCUUUAAUUAAUGUUAGUUUAUUAUGUAACUUAGCAUGUUUGUUAUCCUAGGUUUUGACCCUAUGCAUUACCCACAGACGGCUGUUGACUCCUUUCAUAUCGUCAUUUGCUCUUAACCUUUUUCCAGCUUUAGAUUCACUCAAAUGUGUCAUUGAUAACAGUUUAAUUUGAAGUGUAUACUAUUGUCAGUGGUACCAAGGGAUUAAUGUAUAUCUUGAAAUGUUAAUAUUUAAAUGAACGUUUCCUUGAAAUAAAUGUUAAUAAAAAUGUAAGAUACAUUUUCCUUUCACCUUAAACUUUGUUUACAUGUGAUCAGCUGUUCCACAAGUGACUUUUCAUCACAGCCCUGUAAAGCCUUUAGUGUUGACUCGGGUAGUGAUAUUGUUUAAAAAUAUUUCAGCAUUUAUUUGAACACUACAUACAUACAUACUGUAGCAUGACAAGGCACAGGACAGGAGGAUG